UGAUUUUAUUUGUAUGAUGUGGUUUUAAAAUAAAGAGUUCAAUGUGUUUUUCACACUUGACUUAUGCCAUAAGGUCAUAUCAACUAAUGACACCAAAUAAAUCCAUUCAAGCUAGAAUUUAUAUUCCCUCUUUUUUUAUUUGUAUUAUUUAUAUGAUUGUUUUGAUUUCACCUCACACCAUGAACAUUUCUGUUAAAGCUAAUGUGACUGUAACAUGACUAAUUGACUUUUAAGCAGGAUUUUCCAGGUGGCUCGGCAAACUUUAGCGAUGCUGUUGACUUUUUUUUAACGGACUCAAUUCCUGCUUGAUGCCGCACUUUUCUAAAUAAUUCACUGACACUAAUUGAGAUUUUCUUCCCACUGCAGGUACAUACACUACAUAUUAAUACCUCUCUUGCUAUUUGAAGUUUCCACCAAGUGAUUUGUAUAAUUGAUGACAGAUUACAGGUUCAUUACAACUAAUUACACUUUCCUUAACCACUUAACUUGAUUCACUCUUGUUGUAUGAUGAAAAUCAGGGUUGGUGGCACAUGACUAAUUUUCAUGGCGAUACAGCAUGAGUGGUUUAUUUCCACUUUCAUGCAGCACUGUUCAUUGCUGUAUGUGGACUCAAAAACGCAAGUUGCUGCGAGGCUUUCAUAAAUGGGGCGAAUGUGUAUUAUUUCCAAAUUAAUAUCAUUUUGAAUGACAGUUAAAACACACAUCUUCUUAAAAUCCACCAUCUACCCACUCAGCCACCACUCACUUUAGUGCAGCACUCAACACCUGUUGUUGUGAUGUCCAUUACUACCGAGUGUCUGUCAAUGUCCUCUGGAAUGGAAUGAAGCAUCUCCAUUCCCUGAGGCACAAGUCUCUUUGAGCCUGAAAUACGUGAUGUUACAGAUGAGACACAUUCUUCACAUUAUUCUCGGCCCAAAGCUCAUUGAACAGGUUGAUUGAUUGAACUUUUAAUAGGCUUUUGACAAUAUGGAGAUAUUAAAGAAAGACUUGGGACCAAAAGCCACAUUUUAUGUUCAACCUUAAUCAUUUUCAACCUUUAAAGGGGAUUAUUUACAUAAAAUUGUCUUUACAGUCACUUUGGACAAGCUAACUGGACAGGUUAGAUGUCUUCCAGUGGCGCACUAAUGCCAUUGAUCCUAUUUGUAGCUGGUGUUGGUCAGCUCACAUAUGAGCUUGAUACUGAAUUGAAUUUCUCUCUUGGUUGAUUCACAUCAAAAAUGAUACAGCUGCCUCAUCAUAAACCGAAUACUGUAGGGGAGGAUAAACCUUAACUAAACAAUUCAGUUAUACAAAUGUUAUGCGUUUAAAGAAGAAGAGAAAAACACACAAUGUAGGUGGUUGUUUACCUCAAGUUUGUUGGGAACUUGUACGCACCUAUCACUUAUUUUCAAAAAUAUAUAAUUGAGCAUUUAAUGUGGGAUUUUUUCCCCCCAAUUGAGAGAGUUAUUUCAAAGAACCCCUGAAAGAGGAGUUUGCUCCCCCACCUGAUGUUCCUUUGUGCUCCACACAACGAAUGGCUGUGAUUAUUAGUAAUCAUUUGAAGGAGGGAGUUCUGUUAGACCCAAAGAAUUGUUAAUCUUCAGCAGCACCACAGUUAGCCCCCUAUGUGAGCUGACGGUGGGUACGAGCGUAUGAAUGCUACACCUGCUCAUGACGAAAUCAUCCCGAAGGCUAAUCAAAGCUGCGUGCUGUGACACCCUCCCACCCGCUCAGGCCCGUAGUCCCCUAUUCACUGAAUCCUCUCCCCUCUCUUGUUCUCAUUGGUUGGCUGCCUGACUGGGACUUCCCUCCCUCGCUGUGAGUGUGUCGCAUCAUCCAGUGACAGUCCUCUAUAAAUAGGCUAGCCACACUGGUAUGCGCUCUUACAUUUACAAGCAGAGCUCUGUGAUUGGCUCGCAGGCGGAGCACGGUGGGAUGCGGACGUAUUACUUCAGCGCUGACACCCAGGAAGACAUGAACACCUGGCUGAGGGCAAUGAACCUGGCGACACUGAUGCGGAACCACGCAGACACAUUCAUCAGACCAUCUGACGAUUUAGACAAGUUGCAUAUAUUGCAGCAGCAGGCUGUCCCACAGACGAACCACGUCAACCACCACAAGACCAAAACUUCAGACUCUGACAUCACCAGACCAAUUGUCCACGAGGUUCUUCUGGAGCCCAUUCACCGCGACGCGGAGGAUCACUGCAGCUUCCGCAAAGACUCUCCUGCCACCACUAUGUUGGAGCACACCACUGCCCUGGAGAUGGACACACACACGUCCCUCCCCUCCAACCCCACUCCCUCUGCACUCUCACAGUCCGACCACAUGUCGGCCUCGGCACCCGUGUCCAGAGUGCUGUCCCGAGCACCGUCACGAGCCGCCUCCACUCUACCCUCCAGCGUUGGUACGAGAAAUGGUCUCGUGGAAACGCCCAGCCCCCACCUGGAGCCCAACGGGAUCGCGACGGGAACGUACCAAAGGACGCCGCCGCCAUCCACUGCUGAUGCACACAAGCAGGUGCACAGGAGAAGUACGUUGGAGCAAGUGGAGCAGUGGGUCAAAGUGCAGAAGGCAGAACACAAAGGCCCCCCAUCCAGAGACAACACCCUCCCACGUCGUACACCACCAACACAGCACAAGUUCACCACCAUAGACGCAUACCAGACCCUUCCAAAGACUCCUCGACAGAGUCCCCCACCUGCCCGAGUCGGUGAGUACAAGUAUGCCCAGGACCGCCUGAGCCACUUCCGCCUCGCACCAGAUCAGAGUGUCUCGGGGUCCAACACCGUCUGGCAGCUGUAUGAGUGGCAGCAGCGUCACCAGUUCCGUCACGGCAGCCCCACAGCGCCGCUCUACAACCCAGCCCCGGAUUAUCCCUUCGGCCCCCGCCCCCCAUCCACUGUGCCUCCCUUCUCCUCAGCCCCCAGGUCCGAGGGGCCUCCUCGCUGUGUGUCUGUACCACCGUCCCCUGCAGACAUCCCUCCACCGGGGCCCCCACCAGGCUUCAGCCGAACCCUGUCGCCCACACGGAGGCCACACACGCCGGCUGAUAGGGUGACAGUCAGGCCCGUGGGUGGCAGGACAGUGGUGGACUCCCCCUUCACUGUGUCCCCCCGAAGGACCAAGUCUCAGCUGUUCAAGACUGCUAAUAUCGAGAGACGGUCACUGCCUCCCUCUGGCUACAUCACACACACAGUCAGUGCGCCAAGCCUUCAUGGAAAAACGCCCGAGGAGCUCACUCUGCUCCUCAUUCAGCUGCGCCGGCAUCAGGCCAAGAUGGCCUCUGCACGCCAGCACACUUUAACCCAGCUCCAUCGGCUCAACGGUCCCAAAGAGCCCUUCCACCACAACAACAACCUCCUCGCUACUACCACCACUAGCACCAGCCCCCUCCUCAGGUCCAGCCCCUCUCCUGUGUCCCACCUCGGACAUGUGGACCUCUCAGCUCCCCUAGGCCCUUGCAACACCAAGGCUGAUGACACAUACAUGCAGCUGAAGAAGGACUUGGAUUAUCUGGACCUAAAGAUCAGAGCUCUAGAGCCCCUGAUCCUCGCAGUUCACAGUUUACUACUGCACUGCACUGCUGGGCCACUCAGGCCCCUAAUGAACGUGACAGGAAGUCAAACAAUGAAGGAGUCAGGGAAACCUGUCAAGGUUGCAGAAAGCGAUGUGGAUGUGAAAUUGAGUCGGUUAUGUGAGCAGGACAAAAUCCUGAAGGAUCUGGAGGCGAGGAUCAGCUCCCUGAAGGAUGACAAGGAUAAGCUGGAGAGUGUGCUGGAUAUGGCCCACCAGCAGAUGGAGCAGUUCCAGGAUCAGUCGGCCCACGCCAACAAGAUCGCCUAUCAGCAGAGACUGCUGCAGGAAGACCUGGUGACUAUCAGGGCCCAAAUAUCUCGCCUCUCCACGGAGAUGGCAUACGCCUGGGAGGAGUACAGCAGGCUGGAGAGAUCGGUAGAGCAGUUGAGGACAGUGCUGCGUACACAUAUGAAUCACAGUGCCACCCCUCAGCAAGAAAAAGCUGAGAUGAAGCGUGAGCUGUGGAGGAUUGAAGAUGUGAUGGCGGGAUUGAGCGCCAGCAAAGCCAACUACAAGAUCACCAUUGACUCUGUCCAGAAUCCAGAGAGGAAAUUAGUGCCUUCGGUGUCAGACCUGGCAGUGCCUUCUCAUAGCGCAGAGGUGCAGCCGCCUCCUCGUAGCUCCGUCCCCAGGAUCCUCUCCCAUACAUUGCCUCAUAGCACCGUGCCAAAGUGGGCAGAGGACAGCGCCCCGCCCCGCCCUCCCCUGCCCCUCCUCUAUGACUACGAAGAGACGCCGCCUGUGGUGCCGCCUCUCCCCAAGGAGGCCUCAGUCAUUCGGCACACAUCGGUGCGUGGACUGAAACGCCAAUCCGAUGAGAGGAAGCGGGACAGGGAGACUGGGCAGUAUGUUGUCAAUGGAGACUGUAAAGCUGACCUGCGAUCUUACCUGAGUGAACCUGAGCUGCCUGGAACUAAUCCCUUCAACACUGGAUCUGACACUGACUACCAGUAUUUCUCAGGCAAAGAUCUGUCAGGAUUCUCGUCCCAACUGAAUCAGUCAAACUCCAUCUCAUCCUACGUCACACUAAGGAGAGGUCCACGGAGCUCUGGAGCCAAGUCUCACCAGGAGAGACCUAAGAGUGCCUUGGAGUGUCUGUCAUCCCCUACAGAGGCCACACAGCUCAUGAACAGCCAGACUCGCGGCCGAAUGACUGCGGAGGAGCAGCUGGAGCGCAUGAAGCGCCACCAACGGGCGCUGGUACGCGAGCGUAAGAGGAACCUCAGCCAGGGCGAACGCUCCAACCCGGGGCUCUCCAUGUCCACCAACACCACCCAACGCUCCUCCUCCUCCUCCAGGAUGCCCUCCAGCUCCUCGGAGCCUCCAGCCUCCGAGGAUCGACGAGGUGCAGAGGGUCAGAAAGAGAGGGUCAGAUUUGAGCCUGAUGAGUGGAUGAAGCUGACGGCCACGUACGUACGAGAGGUGGACAUUGAGCCUCUUGACUACGACCUGGAUAUCAGCCUAGAGCUGGCCAAACCUCGAAAAGUUCCCAUCCCAGAGCGGUACGUAGAGUCCGAGCCUGAGGAACCUGCCAGUCCAGAGGAGCUGGAGGAACGCUAUCGCCGGGCUGAGCGCAUCAAGAACAUCCUGGCCAAAUCCAGUGUUCAGAACAUACAGCAGUCUGCAUCAUUAGACUUCAGUGAGCUGGACUCGGCUCUGAAGCAACAGGAGAGGAUCAUGAACGUGUCCCACACUCUGGCCUCAGAGGCGUCGCGCAAGAGCAAACUGGUCGCAGCCAAAGCUGCCGCAGAGCACUGACCCACAGGAGCGACCAGCGCCUGCACAACACAAAGGGAGAAGCGGGCGAUUGACACAUUUCUCUACAGAUGCCAAUGAACUGAUCUACAUGUAACAAAGCCUUUUAAUAUGACUGAAAACAAAGUUUCUACAAGAGUGUCGAAUUUAUUCAGUUUUUAUAUAAAAUCAGGUUUUCGCUGCUUCUGCACUUACACUGCAAAUUAAGUAAUAAUUUAUAAACAAGUAAAUUAGCUUUUAUAUAUACAUAUAUACA